ACUAUAAAGCCACGGGUCACGGCUGCCCCGGCACACUGCCCAUGAGAACUGGCCACUGGUCUGAGCGUGGUUCCAGCCAUAACAAUAGCACCGUCACUUUCAGGAGCUAGCAGUUGGAGAGAUAAAGAUUUAUUCUCUGAAGUUUCACGUGCAUUCACUGUCAUAUGUAGUGGGGCGUCUUAGUAAAAUAUAGCGUAUCAGGAAAAAGAGGAACACUGUGUGACAUCACCACUGACAUCACACGGCGCGAGGCAUAAGGCAGAGUGGGGCACACGACACAGUGAGGUCAGAGGGCAGAGGUCGAUGCCCUCCUAAGCGUGUCCAGACAGCCAAUCGUCUUCCACCCGUCCGGAGCAGGUAGCCAAUGAAAAUCUUUAUCUCGUCUCUCCUGCUGGUAGUGACGUCACUAUGCCAGGAACCUGAUGUGGAAUUUUUGCUUGACGAAUCACCGGAACUCUUCAUUAGUAACCCACAUUCCAUCAGAUCUGGUGAUGACAUCUACUCACACGUUGCCUACGCUUCAGACUUCCUGCAAGUUGUCAACAAUGAGCAGCGCCACUGGAGACAGAGUUCCGCGCUCGCUGACUGGAACUACAAGACCAACAUCACAGACCACAACAUGAAACAGAAAAUGGAGGUGUCCGGUCAGUUUGAUGAAUGGAGGAGGGGGAAAGUCCGAAGUGCCAAGAAAUUUAAUCUAAGAGCCUUGCCUGAAGAUUUGAGAAGGCAGCUUUCAAAGUUUACACUGUCAGCAGAAUCUGAUGAUAGUUCCAUAUCAGAACGCCAAGACUUCCUGGUGUCCACCAUGGAAGGAAUCUACGGCUCCACCCACGCGUGUCUGAGCAACGGCUCCUGCCUGGCUCUGGAGCCUGACCUCAUCAACAUCAUCGCCAAGUCACGUGACCCCAACGUGCUGAAGGACGCCUGGGUCAGUUGGCGGAACAGCGUGGGUCCCUUGAUCAAGCCUCAUUUUACGGAGUUCGUUGACCUUCUGAAUCAGGCAGCCGUUGAGAACGGUUUUCAGGAUUACAGCGAAUAUUGGAAGAAAUCUUUAUUUUUUGAAACACCAGAGCUGGACUCUAUGAUACACAGACUGUGGCAAGACAUCAAACCACUCUAUCUGCAGCUUCACGCAUACGUCAGGCGGAAGUUGAGGGAAUAUUACGGAAGUGACGUCGUUGGUUACGACGGCACCAUCCCUGCACAUCUUCUGGGCAACAUGUGGGCCCAACACUGGACGAACAUUAUGGAGAUCGUCAGCCCCUACCCCGAACAGGACCAGCAGAGCAAGGUCGAGGCCAGGCUCAAGGCCAAGGUCGACGUCCAGGGCAUCUUCCGGUUAGCCGACGGCUUCUACACAUCCAUGGGGCUGUCUCCCAUGACAAGGACCUUCUGGGAGAAGUCCAUGUUCAAGAGACCCAAGGACAGAGAAGUCGUCUGUCAUGCGUCUGCUUUUGAUAUGUUUUACCCGGGGGAUUUUAGAAUUAAAAUGUGCUCGCAGGUGACCUUUGACACCUUCCGGACAGUCCACCACGAGAUGGGUCACAUCGAGUACUUCAUGGCCUACGCUGACCAGCCGUCCAUCUUCAGGGAAGGGGCCAACGCGGCCUUCCACGAAGCGGUGGGGGACACGAUCCAGCUAUCCGUGCUGUCCAGCAGCCAUCUCAAGGGGCUGGGUCUGCUAGAGGAUGACGAGGAGAUUGUCGACGACAAACCCACCCGCGCCGGGAGAUUACGGCGGAGGAAGCUGACAAAACACAGCACGGAAUACAGAUCAACAAUAAACAACCUAUUAAGUAUGGCCCUGGAAAAACUGGCGUUCAUACCAUUCGGCCUUCUCGUUGACAAAUGGCGGUGGGCUGUUUUGAGAGGGGACAUAACUCCUUAUGAAUUCAACAAAAAAUGGUGGGAAAUGAGGCUGAAGUACCAAGGUGUGACGUCACCGGUUGAAAGAUCAGAAGACUAUUUCGAUCCCGGGGCCAAAUAUCACGUGUGCAGUAACUCCGCCUACAUUAGUUACUUCAUCAGCUACAUCCAGCAGUUCCAAAUGUACCAGGCACUGUGUGAGGUCAGUGGUCACGUGGGAGAGCUCCACCAAUGUGACUUCUACGGCUCUAAGGAUGCUGGGAAAAAACUCAAGCACAUGCUUAGCCUCGGUUCCAGCAUACCAUGGCAGGAGCAGCUCUCCUACCUGACCGGAAACAGUCAGGUGACAGCCGACGCCAUCUUAGAAUACUUCCACCCCCUCCACGAUUGGUUGGAGACAGAUAACAGACUACAUCAGGAGAAGGUCGGCUGGAGGGGCGCCACCGUCAACUGGGGCCGGAGCUAAUUAAUUAGCGCUUAAUUAAAAACUGUAUUAUUAUUAUUAUUUAUUUACACUGAGAGUUCCAUUGGUUAGGAUGGUGAUAUUGUUGCUCAACAUACCACGCCAUAUUAACCAGUUUUCGUUUUAUUCGAAUUUUUUAAAAACUGGUGUCCUUUUUGUCAUAAUUUUUUUGUUUUCAUUUCAUUUUAUUGUUUUUUGUAUUUUUGUUGGAUUCUGGUGCUUGUUUAUGUUGUUUUUUUCUAAUUUGUUUUUUAUUUUGGUGGUAGCUACGAUGUCUCGUUUUGUCGGUUUGUAUUUUAAUUUUUGUAUUGCUUCACUUUAUAUAAUGAUUUGAUUUACAUUUCAAACAAUUGCCUCGCUUUUUAAAUUUUAAUUUUGAUGUUUUUGAAAUUUACUUUUACUUUAAAAAUCAAAAUUUAUAAAUUUAAAUGACAAAGUAAAUAGAUUGUCUAUUUAAAAAAAUAAAAUGCAAUGAUCGAACCCUUUAAAAAUUCAAAUAUUAUAGAUGGAAUAAAUAAAAUUGAGGCCACU